AUGAGUACCUUAGACAAGAAAUUAUCUGCCUUUGACUUUGAGACUGAGAACCCAGGAAAUGAACUAGAGGAGUCGGAUUCUGAGAACAAAACUAAAUGUCCGCUCUGUUCUGAAAUGAUCUCCAAUAAAUUCUCAGCUAAAAGACAUCUUGGAGUUAAUUUUAAUCUGAACCUGGAGAUAUUCAGUUGGGCUUAUCUUAACCUGGAGAUAUUCAGCAGUUCUAAUCUGAGCCUGGAGAUAUUCAGCAGUUCUAAUCUGAACCUGGAGAUAUUCAGCAGUUCUAAUCUGAGCCUAGAGAUAUUCAACAGUUCUAAUCUGAACCUGGAGAUAUUCGGAAGUUCUAAUUUGAGCCUGGAGAUAUUCAGCAGUUCUAUUCUGAACCUGGAGAUACUCCGCAGGUCUGAUUUGAACCUGGAGAUAUUCAGCAGUUCUAAUCUGAACCUUGAGAUAUUCAGCAGUUCUAUUCUUAACCUGGAGAUAUUCAGUAGGGCUUAUCUUAACCUGGAGAUAUUCAGCAGUUCUAAUCUGAGCCUGGAGAUAUUCAGCAGUUCUAAUCUUAACCUGGAGAUAUUCAGUAGGGCUUAUCUUAAUCUGGAGAUAUUCAGCAGUUCUAAUCUGAACCUUGAGAUAUUCAGCAGUUCUAAUCUAAGCCUGGAGAUAUUCAGCAAUUCUAAUCUGAACCUGGAGAUACUCCGCAGGUCUAAUUUGAACCUGGAGAUAUUCAGCAGUUCUAAUCUUAACCUGGAGAUAUUCAGUAGGGCUUAUCUUAACCUGGAGAUAUUCAGCAGUUCUAAUCUGAGCCUGGAGAUAUUCAGCAGUUCUAAUCUCAGCCUGGAGAUAUUCUGCAGUUCUAAUCUUAACCUGGAGAUAUUCAAUAGGGCUUAUCUUAACCUGGAGAUAUUCAGCAGUUCUAAUCUGAACCUGGAGAUAUUCAGCAGUUCUAAUCUGAACCUGGAGAUACUCCGCAGGUCUGAUUUGAACCUGGAGAUAUUCAGCAGUUCUAAUCUGAACCUGGAGAUAUUCAGGAGUUCUAAUCUUAACCUUGAGACAUUUAGCUGGUUUAAUCUGAACCUGGAGAUAUUCAGCAGUUCUAAUCUGAGCCUGGAGAUAUUUAACAGGUCUAAUCUGAGCCUGGAGAUACUCCGCAGGUCUGAUUUAAACCUGGAGAUAUUCAGUAGGUCUAAUCUGAACCUGGAGUCAUUCAGCAGUUCUUGAGACCCAGGGAUAAGAUGUCACAGAGAGCAUCAAGUACAACCUUGCGGAGACGGAUUGAUGAGUUGGAGAACACCUUCAAAAUUUGGAGGAUGGAUGAAGUUGAUUCAACUAGACUAAGAAGAUUAUCAGACGAGACAUGUACCAUUCAAGGAUAAGGAUGGGAAGGGGGAAAAGCAAGAUAUAUCUUCAAUUUCUCUCUCCAUUCAUCAGUUCUAAUCUGAACCUGGAGAUAUUUAGCAAGCAUAAUCUGAACCUAGAUCUAUUCAAUAGGUCUAAUCUGAACCUGGCUGUAUUGAGUAGCUCUAAUCUGAACUAAGAUAUAUUCAGUAGGUCUAAUCUGAACCUGGAGAUAUUAAGUAGGUCUAAUCUGAACCUGGAGAUAAUCAGCAGUCUAAUCUGAACCUGGAGAUAUUCAGUAUAAUAUGAAAAUCGUGAACUCAGAUAAACUUUAUAAAGAUCCGUAGAUCUUACAUCAUGUACGUCAUUGCUUGAAAUACCUGAAAGAAUAGUUUUAUUGAUCCUAUUCAUGUAAAAAAUCCACAAUGUACAUUAGCACUAAUAUUCAUAUAUGUAAUAUGAACAUUGAACAUGGGAAGGGUAUGCCAAUCUUAAAUGACGUCACUUGAAAAUACAUUGACAAUAUCUGCAGUAAAACUUUGCAUGAUUUGUUAAAGUAUCGGCAAAACGAAAAAAUGGCUGAAGUUUUUAGUUCAAUUGAGUAGAUAUAAUGUAAAGUUGUGAUAUGUAAUUAUGUUAAUUUAGUGUUUUCGUUAAAUUGUGCAAUUUAAUUAGUCAAAUAUGUAACCAGUAGUACAGUGGUAACCGAAAAUAGUGGAAAUAUUUUCGGUUCUUUUUCAUCUUCUGUUUAUGAAAUAUCGGUCAGGAUUUUCUACUUUGUGACUCAUUUAUUUCUAAGAAUGAUUUAGUUAAUUCAUUUACAAAUUAUAAAACGAUAUUUCAUAAUUAUCGUUACACAGUAUUUUAUAAACUUUUUGAUAUUUCUGAUUGAUAAAAGAUUGACGCCUUUGUCUCAGUAUCCUAGUCUCCAACCGCCACUGCUGCUACACUCCGCUAUUUGUGUGCUUAAUUAAUGCACAUUGCAUAUAGUUUGAAACUAUAAUUAUUAUUAGCUCCCCGACCACUGCACAAAAUAAUUAUAAUUGUCAGCUAUUUAAAUAUAUAUGUAAA